GCAUAUCAGCUUAUUCAGUUAAACAGAGCAGACAUAGUUAAGCGUAUAUGACGGAAAUUCUAAUACUAUAACAACCAGAAAAACAAGAAAAUUCAUGUAUAGUUAUUGAGAGAAAUCAAUCGCAAUAAAUAAUAUGGAAGGGCUGAUAUUAGCCGCUCGUAAACAAUAUCAGAGCGAAAUGCAACAGCAGGCUCGUUUUGAGACGCGCAUAGGCCUGCAUAAAACUUCAGACGCUAACCCUAAAAAUAUACAGAUGGGUAUGGUAGCCGUCUAUACAUUCUUUCGAAUAUCUGCACCUAGGAAGAAGGGAACUAGACUAUUUGUUGUCCAAGGUGACGCAGGUGCUGGAAAGAGUGAAUUUAUAAAGAAUAUGAUUUAUGAUUGGGCGCACAACAAGGAUGACAAGGAUUUGAAAAUGUUCGAUAUCUUAAUGGCUUUGGAUGCUGCUAGGAUAAAACCUCAAUAUGACUUUUAUGACAUGUUAAGAAAGCGAGCAUUUACAAAGUAUAAUACCAAAGACGUUGCAAAGUUACUGCAAAAUGACAGUAAUUAUAAACUACUAUUGGCUAUUGAUGGUGCUGAUGAUGCUAGAACAAUAAAUUUAGUAAACUUGUGUAUGGAAAAGGUUAAUGAAAUUCCAAGUGAUAUUACAAUAGUUGUAACUUGUCGACCGUGGAUAGCUGAUAAGUUUAUUCAACAACAUUCUGGUGCAGUAAUCCAGUUGGAAUUGAACCAUUUUAUUAUUCAACAGAGACGUUUGGUUUUUAAACUAAAUGAUAUUUCGGAUGAUAAUAUUUCCUUUAUCGAAAGUGAAAUUGAAAAGUUCAAGCUGGAUGAAAACCUGUAUACAAAUCCACUUUGCGUUUUCCUUGCUGCUCAUGUUUGGAGAGAUAAAGGGUUAUUAUGCAAAACAAAGAUUGAACUUUACGAAGAAACAGCUGCUCUAUUGCAUCAGUUUCUCAAACUUAAGGAUUUGAAUAGUCAAAUGUUACUUUGGAAACAAGUUUACAAAGAUGUUAAAGAAUGUUCAACAAACUCUGCAGAUAAACAAAAAAAAAAUUCAGUCUCAUCUGGUUAUCCGAGUGAUUCUAAAUUAUUUUUAAAAAUCAGAUCAAUAAGGGAAUUUCUAGCGGCGAAUUACAUAAUUAAUACACUACCUCCUCAGAAUGUCAAGGAUACAAAUAUUCCUCUUACUGAGUGGAAUCAUAUUCUUGCAUUAACUCAGACUUUAAAAUUUUGUUGUGCCCUCUCAAUCCAAGCGGCAGAGAUACUUCUGCCAAUCGUUCACUCCGUAAUUUUACAAAAGCCCGAAGGUCGUGUCAAAGUCAACCAGGACACUUUUCACCCUUAUAUAUUACAUUUAAACAUUUGGCAAGGUCCAAUAAAUGUAAUCGUUGAUCAGGUUCAAUACAACGUUGAAGAAGAAUGCUUAAGCGCUCUACACAACACACCUGAAGACUCAAGUCCUCUCCGUCAGUUAUUCCCCUACGCUGUUUGGUACGUAGGGCACACUCCAAAAGUAAUGCCAAUACCUAAAUUCGUCCAAGUUAUCGUCCUCAAGGGGCAGGUCCUCGAUAGAACUCUUCGCUAUACGUCCAACCUCCGCAUUUUAAACCUCCAAGAAGUUGUCGAUCUUGACCAAGUUGGGUCAUUUACCAGGUUUUCACAAGAUAUAAUGCAGUCUCGACCGCCAAUUAGGCAAAUAAGAAUGGUAGCUUGUGGGUUAGAUAGCAACAAAUGUCAAGAACUAUGUUCAUCGUUUCCAAUGUUACAAUUCCUAACUCAUUUAGAUGUUCACGAGAAUUAUGACAUGACAAUUGGUGCAGAGUUAUUGUUGAAAUCUCUAGCAACUGGCGAAGUUCCAUUGACCUACUUAAAUAUGGAAACCUGUGGUAUAACAGAAACAAUUUGCCCUGACAUCUCAUCUUAUUUAGUGAAAUUAGUGUGUAAUUUGGAUAAAAAUAAAAAAAAAUAGUCUACUAAAUAAGCCCAUACAUAAUACUCGUAAACUAAUAUGGGCUAUCUAUCAUACUGUCCUUUAUAUAUAUGUAUAACUAUUCCUAUGAGAAUUUAUCCAACUUAAACACUAAAAUAAUGCUAGCCUCUUUUAAAGAAUGUCAAUUUUUCAAGAAAUCCAUUAAGAAGAGGAGCGGUAUCUAUAUUAAUAGCUUUAUCUACAUCUGCUGUUGACCUGGAGGAGUUACGCCUGGCUUUUUGUAAUAUGCCUUUGGAUAUGGCAGAUGAAGUAGUUACGCAAUUAUCGAAAAUGAAGAGAUUAAAUGUUUUAGAUUUGAGAUUUAAUCAUUUCCAACACAGAGUAGUCGAUAUUCUUUCUGUUUUAAAGCGAUUAGAAAAGAAGGUUGAAGUUCGCCUGCAGUACAAUUAUCCACAGGAAGAGGGAAAUACCGAUCUGUUCACUUGAUUAUCAUUUAACUCGUCCAAAAUAUAUUAUAGACAAAAGACUGUAACUUAAAAUCCAUUCGAAAGGAAUUUGGGAGGUAUCAUCUGCACUUCUACUCUCCUUAAAGAAUCGUCCAAGAAAAUGGCACUCAUAUCGUUAUAUUGAUUUACUUCCAAGGUUUAGCUCUAAUGUCAGUUGACUUAAAAUAGAAACCUAUUGUAUAUACGUAUUUAUUUAUAAAAACUGCUUAAGCCUCUAAAUAAGUAAUCUUUUAUAUGACUAUUGUCUUAUUAACUGUUGAUAUCUAUAAGAAGUAACGGUUACACGUAAUUGUAAUAAAACUAUUUAUAAAUAUUAUUAGUAAAUUAUAGCUAAUAGCUACAUGUUAUGGCCGAAAAAACUAGAAGUUGGACAGUAAUAUGUCUAUAUAUGAGAGAAUGAAUAGAAAUUUAGGUUAUGCUAAUAACGUGUUAAUAUUUGUGGCUUAGUUUGAUUAGCCUUUAGGUUGCAGAAAAAGAAAUAGCAUGUCUUUUUUUAUCUCUAAAAACUUUAAUAAAUCUGUUUUCUUUUUC